AUGCCCCAAAGAAUUGAGGAAAUCAAAGACUUUCUGCUCAUCACCAGGCGAAAAGAUGCCAGAUCAGGCGAGAUCAAGAAAAAGGAGGAGAAUAUGAAGUUUAAGAAGACCAAGAUGGACAAGGAGGAGGAGGAGGGACCAGAGCUGGGCGCAGAGCCGGUGGCAGAGGCAGAGCUCGAGGCAGAGCCUGAGCAGGAACCGGAGCCAGAGCUGGAGCUGGAGCCUAAACCGGAGCUGGAGCCGGAGCCGGAGCCGGAGCUGGAGCCAGAGCCGGAGCUGGAGCCAGAGCCGGAGCUGGAGCCAGAGCCGGAGCUGGAGCCUAAGCCGGAGCUGGAGCCGGAGCCGGAGCCAGAGGCAGAACCGAAGCCAGAGGCAGAGCCUGAGCUGGAGCUGGAGGCAGAGCCCGAGCCUGAGCCUGAGCCGGAGCCUGAGCCGGAGCCGGAGCCGGAGCCUGAGCCGGAGCCAGAGCCAAAACCAGAACUGGAACCAGAAGCAGCAUCAGAGCCAGGACCAGAGAUGCUCCCUGAGGAGACGGAGCUGAAAGAUUCGCCUCAUGAAGAGCCAUUUGAGGAAGAGGAAGAGGCCACGGCUGGGGCUGACCUAAGCUCUAAAGAGACCCAGGAGGCUGCCCCUGCACUGUCUGCCUCGCUCCAGGCCCAGGUCAUUGAGGUCCCGGAAGUAAACAGUCCCAGGAACUGGCUGCCGACAUGGUUUAGGAAGAGCAUGGAGAAGGUGGUCCCACAGCCUGUCUACAGCAGUGGGGCAGCCCAGAAUGACACUGCUGGCUUAGAGGAUCCUGCCCAGGUGCUUGGGGUCAGGAAACUGGAGCACAGAUCCCUGGGCACUGUAGCACUGGGAACUCAGGCUGGCCAGGGGAGGGAGGCUGACCACCUUAGUUUUCUGACCCUGCAGGAUGUGCAGAUGGAUGCAAUGAGGCCCCCAAAGCCCAAGACACCGGAACCACCAGAAGUUCCCCUGGAAGAGGAGCCCGUGCUGCAGGCCCCAGAGAGCCCCUGCCCACCCACCCCCAGCCCCCCGGAACCUGAGGACGAACCAGCUCCAGAACCCCAGUCUGACUUCCAAGUCCUCUCCCUGCCACCACCUGGAGAUCCCGCCAAGCUAAUGGCGUGGCUCCUGCAUAGGCUGGAGAAGGCCCUGCCGCAGCCGGUGCACCAUGGGAAGGCCCAGGAGCAGGAGCCUGGCAACCCCGCACCGUGUGACACCAUGCUGUGCACUGUGCAGACCAUCAGCAUCCUCCCGGGAGAGCAGGCAGAGGAGGAGGAAGAGGUGGAGGAGGAGGAGGAGCCUGAGAAACAGGAGCCUGAGAAGCAGGAGCCCGAGCAGCAGGAGCUGCAGGAGCUGGUGCUGGUGGAGGAGCCUGAGAAGCAGGAGCCCGAGCAGCAGGAGCUGGUGCUGGUGGAGGAGCCUGAGCCCCAGGAGCAGGAGCCCCAGGAGAAUGAGCCCGAGGAGCCGGAGCGGGAGGAGCCGGAGCGGGAGCCGGGGGAGAAUGAGUCCGAGGAGGAGGAGCCCCAGCCGGAGGAGCGGGAGCAGGAGGAGCAGGAGCUCGUCCUGGAGGAGGUGGACCCUCACCGGGAGGAGGCGGAGCUUGGAGAGGACAGACUUGCCGCUAACAGCGCCAGCCAGCAGAGCCUGGAGGUGGAGGACAUAGAAGAGUGGGGAGUCAUGGAGGAGAUCCCCAGGAGGCUGCCUCAGAUUCAAGAGGAGAAAGAAGAGGAAGAGGAAGAGGAAGAUGAGGAGGAAGAAGAAGAGCUCGACGUCCUGCUGGAUAGCUACCUAGUGGUGGAGGACAUCGAGAACCAGAGUGACGCAGACGAGACUCAGCAACAGAGGGAUUCAGAGCAGGAGCUGCAGGAGGAAGAGGAGGAGGCUGCCUGCUCAGAAGUGCCGGCCACGAAGCAGCACCCUGAGGUGCAGGUGGAAGAUGCCGAUGCAGACACCCUGCCACUCAUCGUGGAGGAAACACCACAAUCGCCAGCUUUGCCACCCCUAUCUCCUGCCAAAUCGGACACUCUCACCGUCCCAGGCUCAGCAGCGGGGACUCACAGGAAGAGGCUGCCUUCCCAUGAUGAUGAGGCUGAAGAGCUCAGGGUGGUUACGCCAGCGGAGUCCCCCGUGGUCGCCUGGUCAGAGCAUUCCAGUCCGCAGGGGAUGGAUGACCAGGACCGCGCCGCCUCCACAGCCAGCACAAACAGUGCCAUCAUCAAUGACCGGCUGCAGGAGCUGGUCAAGCUGUUCAAGGAGCGGACGGAGAAGGUCAAAGAGAAGCUCAUUGACCCCGACGUCACCUCUGACGAGGAGAGCCCCAAGCCUUCCCCAGCCAAGAAGGCCCCGGAGCCACCGCCUCAGGACGUGAAGCCGGCCCAGUCGGAUCAGAUGGAGGAAGAACACUACUGUGAGAUGCUGUGCUGCAAGUUCAAACGCCGCCCCUGGAGGAAGUACCAGUUUCCCCAGAGCAUCGACCCGCUGACCAACCUGAUGUACAUCCUGUGGCUCUUCUUCGUGGUGCUGGCCUGGAACUGGAACUGCUGGCUGAUCCCGGUGCGCUGGGCCUUCCCCUACCAGCGGCCAGACAACCUGCACUUCUGGCUGUUGAUGGAUUACCUGUGUGACCUCAUCUACCUCCUGGACAUCACCGUGUUCCAGCUGCGUCUGCAGUUUGUCAAAGGCGGCGACAUCAUUACAGACAAGAAGGAGAUGAGGAAUAACUACCUGAAAUCUCCCCGCUUCAAGAUGGACCUGCUCUGCCUCCUGCCCUUGGACUUUCUCUACCUGAAGUUCGGAGUGAACCCGCUCCUUCGCUUGCCCCGAUGUUUAAAGUACAUGGCGUUCUUCGAGUUCAACAACCGCCUGGAAGCCAUCCUGAGCAAAGCCUACGUUUACAGGGUCAUCAGGACCACGGCAUACCUGCUCUACAGCCUACAUGUCAACUCCUGUCUGUAUUACUGGGCGUCAGCUUAUCAGGGCAUCGGCUCCACUCACUGGGUUUAUGAUGGUGUGGGGAACAGCUACAUUCGCUGUUACUACUGGGCCGUGAAGACCCUCAUCACCAUCGGAGGGCUGCCUGACCCCCAGACACUCUUCGAAAUUGUGUUUCAGCUGCUGAACUACUUCACAGGCGUCUUUGCUUUCUCUGUGAUGAUCGGACAGAUGAGGGACGUGGUGGGGGCCGCCACCGCGGGACAGACCUACUACCGCAGCUGCAUGGACAGUACUGUCAAGUACAUGAACUUCUACAAGAUCCCCAAGUCUGUGCAAAAUCGAGUCAAGACCUGGUACGAAUACACCUGGCACUCCCAAGGCAUGCUGGAUGAGUCAGAGCUGAUGGUGCAGCUUCCCGACAAGAUGCGGCUAGACCUCGCCAUCGACGUAAACUACGACAUUGUCAGCAAGGUGGCGCUUUUCCAGGGCUGCGACCGGCAGAUGAUCUUCGACAUGCUGAAGAGGCUUCGCUCUGUUGUUUACUUGCCCAACGAUUAUGUGUGUAAGAAGGGGGAGAUUGGCCGUGAGAUGUACAUCAUCCAGGCAGGCCAGGUGCAGGUCCUGGGCGGCCCCGACGGGAAGUCUGUGCUGGUGAUGCUGAAGGCAGGAUCCGUGUUUGGAGAAAUAAGCUUGCUGGCCGUUGGGGGCGGGAACCGGCGCACGGCAAACGUGGUGGCCCAUGGAUUCACCAACCUCUUCAUCCUGGACAAGAAGGACCUGAACGAGAUUUUAGUGCACUACCCUGAGUCCCAAAAGCUACUCCGAAAGAAGGCCAGGCGCAUGCUGAGAAGUAACAACAAGCCCAAGGAGCAGAAGAGUGUGCUCAUCCUCCCUCCCAGGGCGGGCACCCCCAAGCUCUUCAAUGCUGCCCUGGCUGCAGCAGGAAAGAUGGGUGGUAAGGGCGCAAGAGGUGGCAAGCUUGCUCAUCUCAGGGCUCGGCUCAAAGAACUGGCUGCGCUGGAGGCCGCCGCAAAACAGCAGCAGAUGCUGGAACAGGCCAAGAGCGCAGACGGCACCGCUGGAGAGGCGGGUUCAGCGCCCACGGAGCAACCCGCCGAGCAACCCCCCGCUCCAGCGCAGCCCGCGCCCUCGGAUCCCCCGGCCCAGCCCCCAGCUCAGCCCGCGCCGCCCGCGCCCUCGGAUCCCCCGGCCCCGGUCUCUGCCGGGACGCCCGCUCAGGGCACCGAGCCCGAGGAGCACUCGGUGCGCAUCCGCAUGAGCCCGGGCCCCGAACCCGGCGAGCAGAUCCUGUCGGUGGAGAUCCCCGAGGAGAAGAAGGAGUGA